UAUUUUCAGCAGAAUGAGGUCUGCAGAUAGCAGACAUCUAAUCUCAGCGAUUAGAUAUGUAUUUAACGGAAGAAGGACUAAUUAUUUAAGGUUUGACACGGAGUUCUUCUUCCGGCACUUGAGAGGUUCACGCAUGUUGGUCAGAGAUUUGAGUACCUCAGUUAAAACUCUACAGUAUGACCUGAAGAAAUCAGACAUAACUAAGUCUGGCAAUAGGAAGUUAUUCUUUGACACUCAUGCAAUGGUUCAGCUGCUUGAGGAAAGCGGCUUCGUGACCCAGCAGGCAGAGGUCAUUGUCAAUAUGAUGGUAAAUAUCACAAAUUCAAACAUGGACGUUAUGUACGGUGACAUGGCUACCAAAACACAGCAGGAAAUCAUGUUACAGAAAGUCAUGUCUCAUAUUGCUGCUGUAAAAAAGGACAUGAUCAUUCUGGAGAAGAGUGAAUUCUCAGCAUUACUAGCAGAGAAUGAGAAAAUCAAGGUUGAGCUGUCACAGCUAAGAAUACAACUCACUGAUGUGAUAAACAAAAGGCGUGCAGAUGCCAUUUUGGACUUGAAUGUAGAAAAAAGCCGCGUGAAGGAGUUGACAGUCGACUUUGACAGAAAGCUCAUAGGGACCAGGAAUGAAAUGAUGGAAAUGCAUUCUGAGCAGGAUCGUCACAUGACACAGACUAACAUGAAAAUCGACACAGAAGUGGCGGGCCUGAAGACUUUGCUGGAGUCACAUAAACUGGAUACCAUCAAAUAUCUGGCAGGUUCAGUCUUCACGUGUCUCACCGUCAUACUUGGAUUCUAUCGGCUAUGGAUGUAGACAUCAGCAGACUUUGUUCUUCCUGAGAAAAUGUGUCAUCAGCCUCGGGUCACAAGAAGAGCUCCUGUAGGAGAAAAUGUUGAUUCCUGCAUUAUUGUAUCAAGCUCUGUUAGGAAAAAACAAAGCACAUUUACAUACCUAGAUAGUACCUAUAUACAUAGUGCUACAUCUUGUAUUAGUUUAUGAUGUUCAUGCUUAUUAAAACCAGUGUCAACAGAUGAAUCAAUCCCAAGAAAAUACAGUACACAAAUAUGCCAAAGAAGGUGCAAGAUAUGUGAUAAAUCAAAGAUUCUUGAAAAAAAAUAUACAUAGCCAUUUAUUUUAAAUACA